AUGAUGGACGAAAUAACGCAAAAUAAUGUUAAUCAUCGUCGUAUUCGAAAUAUGAAACGUCAUUUUAAUCAAAUAUUAGCACACUUACAAAUUGAAGCAGAAACUACUUGUCUAUUAAAUGUUGCUCCACUCGAAAUUUCAUUAAAUACUCAAUUAUCAUUGUCUCAUUCGAGAGGUUCGUGUCCUCUAUCAUCUCAUUCAAAUACAAAUCCCAUACUUCAUUCAACAAGCUAUAGCUCAAAAGGAUGGCAUAGUAAACAAUCAUCACCACCAAUUAUGGAUCAUAAACGAAGGAAACGUUUUCAUCGUCAAUAUCAUCAUGAAAUAAAAUCGCAUAAAAAGAGUAAAUCAAGAUUAAAAACUGUUAUCGAUAAACAAACAAAUCAACAAUCAUCCAAUGAAAUGUGUUUUUUAGCUGCAAUAACCAGUACACCAAAAAAAAACAAGUGUCGUAUACCAAAAACAUCCACACCUCGAUGUCAACAUUUACGAUCUAUAUCCCUAACAAAACUACUGUAUAAAGUAGAUAGUCAAAAGAAACUAUAUGUUGAAACUCGACCAAGACGUCAUAUUUCAAAACAACAUGCUAUUCAUCAAAACAAUAUUUUUCCCGUUUGUGACAACGAGAAAAAUCGGACAAAACCUUUAAAAUUUUCUAAUCAUAACAGAUGGAUUGUGUAA